AAAUGACACGUGCCAACAUCAUACCUGAAUCUCAUCCCAGGCUGCAGCACACCAACUCCUCAGCAAAAGCAGAUCCAUCGUCUCUUCUCUUGUCCCUGCCUCUCCUAAUCCGGAACAGUUUCACUCCAAUCUCUCUAUGCCAUGGCCACCACCACCGUGGAUCGCCACCACCUUCACCUCGACUCCGUCCCUCUAAUCGAUCUCAGCCUCCUCUCUCAAUCCGAACUCUUUUUUCUUUCUCACUGCUCUUCCCGCACCACAAGCGCUACCACCGCCGCUCAAAACGAUGAUGAAGACGAAGUUUCAAAUCCCAAAAUUGAUCGCUCCGUCUUUAACGAAUCUGCCGGCAGCCGCAAACAGACCUUCUCACGGUUCCGUCUGGUCCCUCGUAAUUCCUUCCAAAUUCUUGCACAAUUUCCUUCUGUAGAUCCGUCCGAAACCCUUGAUGAAGAUAACCCUGAAAUUAUUUCACUCCUGAAGUCUCUCUUCAAAAUUCAGUCUCUAUCCUCAUAUACGGUCGGUAACAACGGGCAGUUGAUUCCUGUGCAGGUUAACUAUAAAGACUACUUGAAUGCUACCCGGGAUUUGAAUGAAAACAAGGGUUUGCAUGAUGUCCCGGUAGAUGUGGUUAGUUUUAGUGUAAAGAAAAGGAAGAGAGGGCGGCCGAGGAAGGAUGAGAAUCGUGGUAGUGAUAGUUUUUGGCUGAUUGAGAGUGGAGUUAAGGUCAAUGAUAACAAGGUAAGCAUUCCUGUCAACUUUGAUUCUUGUGAGAGUAUAAAGAGAAGACCAGGGCGGCCAAGGAAGGAUGAGGAUAGGAAUAGACAUGAAUAUAGGGUUAUUGAGAGUGAGAGUAAAUUGAAUGAAAGCAAGGGUGAGAGUACUGAGGCUACGGUGACUGUCGCUAAUUUUGAGAGCUUACAAAAUAUCCCUGUUAAUGUUUUUGCCUGUGAGAGUGGAAAGAGGAGACCAGGGCGGCCUAAGAAGGAUGAGAAUAGGAAUAGACAUGAAUAUAGGGUUAUCGAGAGUGAGAGUCAGGUGAAUGAAAGCAAGGGUGAGAGUAGUGAGGCUAAGGGGACCUGUGCAGGUUUUGAGAGCUUACAAAAUAUCCCUGUUAAUGUUUUUGCCUGUGAGAGUGGAAAGAGGAGACCAGGGCGGCCUAAGAAGGAUGAGAAUAGGAAUAGACAUGAAUAUAGGGUUAUCGAGAGUGAGAGUCAGGUGAAUGAAAGCAAGGGUGAGAGUAAUGAGGCUAAGGGGACCUGUGCAGGUUUUGAGAGCUUACAAAACGUUCCUGUUAAUGUUUUUUCUUGUGGGAGUGGAAAGAGAAGACCUGGGCGACCAAAGAAGGAUGAAAAUAGGAUUAGAAAUGAAUAUAGAGUUAUUGAGACUGACAGUAUGGUGAAGGAGAACAAGGGUGAGAAUAAUGAGUUCAAGGUGACUUUGAGCAAUGUUGAGAGCUCAGGUAACAUUCCUAUAAAUGUAGCUUCAUCUGAGACUAUAAAGAAAAAACGAGGGCGGCCUAGGAAGGAUGAGUGUAGGAAUCAAAAUCAGUAUUGGGUAGUUGGAAGUGGGAAUAAGGUGGUUCAAAGUGUGCCUAAGAAUAAGGAGGAGAUCACUGUUAUUGAGAAUAAGGAGGACAAGAAGGAAACAAAAAUGGUAAUGGAGAAUAGGGAUGGUGUGGUUGUGGAUUUGUUUACCUUGGGGACUCUGAAGGAUCCAUUUGCAGAGGAGUUGAAGCGGAGGACGGCAGGGAUUGAGAAGCAGGGAGAUUUGUUAGGGUAUUUGAGUGGGUUAAAGGGAGAUUGGGUGAGUAGGAGGCAGAAGAGUAAGAUUGUUGAUGCAUGCGAGUAUGGGGAUGCAUUGCCAAGGGGGUGGAAACUUAUGCUUUGUAUCAAGAAGAAAGUGGGGCAUGAGUGGUUAGCUUGCCAACGAUAUAUAAGCCCGAAUGGUCAGCAGUUUGCAACUUGCAAGGAAGUUUCUUCAUAUUUGCUCUCCUUUUUCAGACUUAAAGCUGCAAGUCAGUCAAAUGCUGGUCAUACUGGCGAUGGUGUUCAGUUGGAUGACAAACUGACUUCUGGAAAUGCUACAGGUUGCAUGCACAAGGGUGACAAAAAUGGAGCUGACCUUGUGUUCUGUUUGCCGCAUCCGUGUACUUCUCAAUCUACUGAGCAUGAGAAGCAAGCCACCUUACUGGAGACAAAGAGUCCUGAGGAAGUCAGAAGACAGGAAACACUAAAUUGCCAUAAGUGCUCCAUGGUUUUUCGUGAGCAGGAUGAUUUAUUGCACCACCUGUUAACUUCUCACCAGACGACGACGAAGAGGUCUAGAUGUAGUACAUCAAUCAGUGAGGGGGUAAUCAUUAAAGAUGGAAAAUAUGAAUGCCAGUUAUGCCACAAACUAUUUGAAGAAAGACAUAGUUACAAUGGCCAUCUAGGGGGCCACAUGAAAAACUAUGUGAAGCGAUUUGGUGGAGUAUUAAUGACACAGAAAAAUAAUGAACCUGUAGCUGUUGGAAUUUCUUCUGAAUUCUUGGAGAGACAAAAAGCAGUUGGAAUUGACCGGGUUUCUUUUGCAGAAAAAUCUUCCAAUUGCGGAGGCAACAAUGAAACAAGUUCUGCUUUACCUCAUAGUAAACCAAAAGCUGAUGGUACCAUUAAACCUCAUUCUGACAAAUACGUUCAUGACGAUCUGGUCAUGAUGUCAAACAGAAACUUUCAAACUUUAGUUGAGAAAAAUUGCAGUAAACAGGAUACAGCUUUUGGCAUAACUAAUGAUGAAGCGGAUAAGCUGAAGGUAGCUACUGAUGUAAGUGCUGCUAAACCUGAUGUGUGUUUGGGUGUUGGUACGGUCUUGUCUACUGAUCAGAGAAAUAUAUCAUGUGUAUUUCCCAGUGAAAUGAAUGUUCCCAAGAGCAACAGUGGUGGUAUCAAUAGUUAUGGUUGGCAGGGUCGAAGUCCUCAGAAUUGGUCCCUUGCUCUUGCUGGAAGUAAUCAACCACAUUUUGUUGACUACAGGACGAAAGAUGUUCCCACCAGCUCAAUGGAGAAGCGGAGAAAAGAGGUAGGUUCUGAAAGUAGCUAUUUUUCUUCAAACAGCAAGGAUAAAUUAGUUAGUUGUGAAAAUCUUGAGGAAAGGCAUUUUACUAUCAUGGAAAGUGGGGAACUGUAUAGGAAUAAAUAUGCAAGAAAUGAGGCAAUAUCUAGAUCUGAUUAUCAGGGCAUUGGGUUGGAGAAUGCUGUGACUAAUAUCAAAGAGCAAGGAAGUUUUAAAGGUCGUUUGCCUAUUCCAUUGGAGCAAAGAUGUGGUUCUCAAAGUAAUAUGAAUGGGGUUUCUACUUCCAUGUUAACAGAGGCCUGGCAGGAAAGAGGUCCCGUGAGUGGUUUACCCAGUUCAUCUGGAAACAAGCCUACAUAUGUUGUCAACAAUUAUUUGAAUAGUGUUUCUACUACCAUGUUAAAUCAGCCCAAAUUUGAUGAUGUCAGCAGAUCUGAGGAUUAUGGACUAUCCUUUGGGUUUGGCAACAAACACACUAUAAGUAAACCCCGGCAGGAAGAGGAUUCUGAAGUUGGUUUGCUUAAUUUAUUUGGAAGUGGAAAAUUCUUUGGGUUUGAUAACAGUUUGACUAAGGAUACUGCUGGGACAACAGAUUUCCCCAAACUUGAUCAAGUCAGGAACACCAAUGAACGAGUACAUGGUGUUGAAAAUAAUUAUAGGGUUUACACAAACACUGUUCAGCGGGAAUCAAGGUUAGAGAAUUCAGAAAAUGCUAGAAACAAUGAAUUUGCGCCUGCUUUUAGUAAUCAUGCUCGAUCUGGUGUGGAUGCCGUGGCAGAGUUUUUGUGGAGAACUGAUGAAGAAAACAUCCUGCUCAGUGGGUUGGCUGAUACAUCAUCUCGACUGUUGCAAUCAUCAGGCUGUUUUCCUGCAUUUGGUACAAUGUCAGAUAAGGGUGGAAAUGAACUCUUUAGCGUUGGUGAGAAGUAUGACAGCAUAUCAGGAUUUGAAGGGCUGAGAUCAGGUAGUAUGGAACACAUGGAAUAUGAUUUUCUGACCACUCAAACAAGCUCUCAGUCGCAGGUCCCAAAGGCCUUUUCAUAUGAUGCGGAGAUUUCCCGGGGGUUUGAUUCACCAGUCUGGCUUGAGAAAGAAGCAUUGCCUUUGUUGCCAAAGAUAGGUAGCAGGUAUCAGGUUGCUACUGUUUGUGCAUGGUGCAGAAAUGAGUUUCAUCAUGAACCUGUUGAGAGAGCAGCAGAAACAGGAGCUGUGGGUUUUAUGUGUCCAACCUGCAAGGCCAAAUUCUCUGGGAACCACAAUUCAUUGUAGAAUGAACGGUUUACUUACAACAACUCAGGAUCUGGUGAUAGAUUGCUUCAUAUUUGCUGAGUUUCAUAUCCUGGAUAAUCUGUGAUGAGGUAGAUUUGCCCUCAUGAAGGAUGACCAUUUUUGGUCAGAAAUAUGUUUCGGAGGACAGCUGGGAUCCUAUGACAUUCCUUUUUUUUUUAAAGUGACAUUACUUAGAUUGCUCUCUCUCUCUUCUAAUUGUUUUAACAUACAAAGAUUAAUGGAGGUGGUUCCCAUCAUAGUAACCAAUGUUUAACUGUUAAUGGAGUUGUUUGGUCUUUUGAUU